AUGUUCAAAUACAUCUGCCAAGAGGAGAACGUCUGUUUUCAUGUACAGAUCAUGGUACUCUCCCAUGGUUUUCAAGUCAAACGUUGUCCACACCUGAUGAGCAUGCUCAUAAUCAUCAUCCGAGAUAUCACUGUCACUUGCAGUGAUGGGUAUGGACGCUGUAUCGAGGUAGGGAAGACCGUCAAGAAAGGCUGCAAGUGUGACUUGGAAAUCUCUAAAUGUAGUCUUGUUCCAGCAAAGGGAGCAAACCGACAUUUGUCUACUGAACCGUUUCUGGUCUCGUAUCUUGUGCUACCGCAGCUGUUUACUGAUGAGUCAACACCGCCACUGUUUACUGAUGAGUCAACACCGCUGCUGUUUACUGAAGAGUCAACACAGCCGCUGUUUACUGACGAGUCAACACCGCCGCUGUUUACUGACGAGUCAACACGGCCGAUGUUUACUGAUGAGUCAACACCGCCGCUGUUUACUGAUGAGUCAACACCGCCGCUGUUUACUGAUGAGUCAACACGGCCGCUGUUUGAUGAGUCAACACGGCCGCUGUUUACUGAUGAGUCAACACCGCCGCUGUUUGAUGAGUCAACACCGCCG